AUAAUGUCUUAUUGUUUCAGAAUAGAAUUGUAGAUGAUCAUCUGAAACAUUAAUCUUACUGCUUAUUCAAUGAGACCCUGCAGAUACGAGGCCAAUCAAUAAAGGGCGGAUCAUUUUGUAAGCGCCGUGUGAAACAGUGCCUUGCGUUAGCGCUGUGGCUUCUUCUAUAUAACCACUCUUUCUUCUCUUCUUCCUGUUCUACUUUGAUCAUCACAUUCAUUCAUCUUCUCAUGUAUCUUCUUUUCUUCCUCGUUGGUCUGGCUUCAUGCCACACCGUCUUCACCACUCUCUACGUCAAUGGCAACAACCAAGGCGAUGGUGUUUGUGUCCGCAUGAACCACCAUGCCAACAAUGCCAGUUUUCCCAUUGAGCCUCUGUCCAGUCCUGAUGUUGCGUGUGGCUACAACGGCGAAUCCGCCGUAAGUCGCGUCUGCCCAGCCUCUGCCUCCAGCACCCUCACCUUUGAAUUCCGCGAAUACCCCGACGCAUCGCAGCCCGGCUCCAUCGAUCCAUCCCACAAAGGGCCCUGCGCCGUGUACAUGAAGAAAGUCGCCAACGCGACCGAAGACAGCAACGCCGCCGGGCCCGGCUGGUUCAAAAUCUGGGAAUACACCUACGCGGAUGGAAAGUGGUGUACGGAGAAGCUGAUUGAGAAUAACGGGCAUAUCUCCGUGACCAUACCUGAGGAUAUCCAGGCGGGGUAUUAUCUCGUCCGCCCUGAGUUGUUGGCGCUGCAUGCUGCGCAGGACGAUCCGCCGGAUCCGCAGUUUUAUGUCGGAUGUGCGCAGAUUUUCAUCAAGGAUGGUGGGAAUGCGAAGCCGGAGACUGUCGAGAUUGGACAGGGGACGUAUGAUCUCAGUAUGCCGGGUUUGACGUAUAACAUUUACGAAACGCCGUUGAAGCUGCCGUAUCCCAUGCCCGGCCCAGAUGUAUAUACUCCGGGGCAGAAGGAGAAAUCGAAACGGUCAGCAAUGGUGCAGACGGAUGGCCUCAAACCAGACGGCUGCAUUCUCGUCCGCGACAACUGGUGCGGCUUCGAAGUGCCCUCAUACACCGACCAGGAAGGAUGCUGGAAAGCAUCGCAGAACUGCUGGAGCCAAGGCGACGACUGCUGGGCUUCAGUCCCGCCGACGGGAGGAUCCAACUGCAAGAUCUGGGAGGAAAAGUGCCAUGAUAUCGAUGAUCAUUGCAAUAACCAGGUCUUUCCGGGGCCGCCGCAUAAAGGAAAGGAUUUGACGCCGAAGCCUACGCCGUUGAAGUCCAAGGCGUCAUUCAAGAGACAUAAAAGAGUGCAUUGAUGUAUUUUAUUCUAUUGAUGGAUGAUGUAUGAAUGAAUGAUGAGUCGGACUA